AAUUCCUAGACUACUUCCUCUUGUAUCCACACUUACUGAUGCAGUUGUCUUUCAGCAUAAUGGUAGGCAUUUUAUUAUAGUAACUAUCUUAUUUAGGGGCUUUAAUGUAUCUCAGUGGUAGAGUGCAUACUUGUCACAUGCAAAACAUGGGUUUGGUCUCCAGUACUUCUCUGUCCUCAGAUUUAGAUACCCAAAAGGUAUGAUGAGUCCUUUGGCUUUGUUGUCCCCAUAUUUACCCUGUAUAACAUCCUGACCUUUACCCCAAGACCUUUCUGUUUUUCACUCUGCCCAGUGUGGAAAAUGAUUGGGCAUAGUUAGGAGCCUGGCCUUUGCCUGCUCCAGCACUGGGCUGUUUCUGCUCUGAGUGGUGUAACUCAGGGCUUGUUUUGCUAUCAUGGAGCCAGAAAGGGGUGUUCCUGGCAAGAUUGACCCUGCCCAGCUGUGUGGGUAGAAGGGCAUCUUUUCUUACGCUGUAGAUUGAGCCCCAUAGUGCACGUCCUCUUGCAUAUGAACUGGGGACUUGCCAAAGGUCUCACCUUGAGUCAGAUUUUGUAGCUACUCCUGAUUUGUGCCUGGACCUCUCGCUGAACUAUUCUGAGUGCUGAGAUUCCUUGGGUUAUGUGCACUGAUAAGCCUGUAGCUUUUCUACAUAGACUCAGCAUUCCCAGACUAGUCUUAGGAGCUAAUGAAAUAGAUCAAGCUAGAGGUCAGUGGGCUUGGGGUCAGUUGGUGAGACAACCAACAGCCUUUCUGUUUCUUUCUUUUGGCAGUAGAAGUGGUAAAAAGGUAAGGCAGAAAUGCCAGAAAGGAGCCCUGCCGUGGUGUGAGGGCUUGGCAGUGAAGGAUGUGGAUAAGAGUGGUGCAGGAGACCACUGGGAGGAAUUGCUUCCUUUGUGAAUGAUUAACUCCCAGCCAAAGGAGGUGACCCAGGAGGAGGGUCCACUUGUUAGGAACUUUGGACUUGGGGCAGAGUGUCUAGAAGACCGGUGUGUGGCCUGCAGAAGAGGACGUGGCUGGGCAUCAGGGCUGGGCUUGCAGGACUGGAGUAGGAUCAGGUUCGCUGCAGGCUUCAUGAAUUCUUCAGCUUUCAUUUCAGGUGGCUCGUUCUUGCAACAAUGGCUAUGGAGUCCACCAGCCCUGAGCUCUCAGAGGGGUACCCAUGAUGGUAGGGUUCUGUCUGUGGUCUCACUCAUUCUCCUCUCUCUCUAGGCAGCUAUGGAUACAAGGCUUUGCUGAGAGAUGUGGGCAUGGCUGCAGCCCUACAGAUCUUGCCCUGUCUCCUCCGAGCCCCAUCACGCCCAUUCCUCUGGGGGCCCCCAGUGGCCCGGAUGACCAGUGGUAUGGCCUUGGCAGAACAGGCACGGCAGCUGUUUGAGAGUGCUGUGGGCGCUGUGCAGCCGGGCCCCAUGCUGCAAAGGGCACUGUCCUUGGAUCCGAGUGGCAAACAACUGAAGGUGCGGGAUCGGAGCUUUCAGCUACAUGAAAACCUCUACCUAGUGGGCUUCGGCAAGGCUGUAUUGGGCAUGGCAGCUGCAGCUGAGGAGCUACUGGGCCAGCAUCUUGUGCAGGGUGUGAUCAGCGUUCCCAAGGGGAUCCGAGCUGCUAUGGAGCAGGCUGGAAAGCAAGAGAUGCUGCUGAAGCUGCACAGCCACAUCCAGGUGUUUGAGGGUGCGGAGGACAACCUGCCGGAUCGUGAUGCUCUGAGGGCUGCACUGGCCAUCCAGCAGCUGGCAGAGGGGCUCACAGCCAACGACCUGCUGCUUGUGCUCAUCUCAGGUGGGGGCUCAGCCCUGCUGCCUGCUCCCAUCCCACCUGUCACACUGGAGGAGAAACAGACGCUCACCAAGCUGCUGGCAGCCCGUGGAGCCACAAUUCAGGAGCUGAACACCAUCCGGAAGGCCCUGUCCCAGCUGAAGGGUGGAGGGCUGGCUCAGGCUGCCUAUCCUGCUCAGGUGGUGAGCCUCAUCUUGUCAGAUGUGAUUGGGGACCCUUUGGAGGUGAUCGCCAGUGGCCCUACCGUGGCCAGUUCCCACAGCGUGCAAGAUUGCCUGCAUAUUCUUAAUCACUAUGGCCUUCGUGCAGCUCUGCCACGUUCCGUGAAGACUGUGCUCUCUCGAGCUGACUCUGACCCCCGCGGGCCACACACUUGUGGUCAUGUCCUCAAUGUGAUCAUCGGCUCGAAUUCUCUGGCUCUGGCUGAGGCUCAGAGGCAGGCUGAGGCCCUGGGCUACCAUGCCCUGGUGCUGAGCACAGCCAUUCAGGGCGAUGUAAAAAAUGUGGCCCGGUUCUAUGGAUUGCUAGCCCGGGUGGCUGCAGCCCGCCUCGCUCCAUCCACGGCUGGUCGUUCCUUGGAGGAGGAGGAGGAGGCAAAACUCCAUCAGCUGGCAGCUGAGCUCCGGCUCCCAGACCUGCAGCUGGGGGAGGCUCUGGAAGCGGUGGCAAAGGCUAACGGCCCAGUCUGCCUCCUGGCUGGUGGUGAGCCCACGGUGCAGCUGCAGGGCUCUGGCAAGGGUGGCCGGAACCAAGAACUGGCCCUGCAUGUGGGAACAGAGCUGGGAAGACAGCCACUGGGGCCCGUUGAUGUGCUCUUUUUGAGUGGAGGCACUGAUGGGCAGGAUGGGCCUACCAAGGUGGCUGGGGCCUGGGUCAUGUCUGAUCUUGUCAGCCAGGCUUCUGCUGAAGGCCUGGACAUAGCCACCUUCCUUUCCCACAACGACUCGUACACCUUCUUUUGCCGCUUCCAGGGUGGAACACACUUGCUGCAGACAGGGUUGACAGGGACCAAUGUCAUGGAUGUCCACCUCCUGAUUUUUUGUCCUCAGUGACGGCCUAGCUCCUAUUUUGAGAGUAUAUGGGUAAUUAUGGGCAGGAUCUCGUGGGAAGAUCAUGGGCUUGUCACCAGGGCCUCACUGUGCUUUAGGAUCCCUGUCCUCUUAGCCUGGCUUCCUGUUGCUCCACCCACCUCCCACAGAUCGGCUCCAUAUCCAUUCCCCAACUAGACCAGAAGACGAGGGCUCCUUUCCACCCCUACUUCCUGUCAUGUCAGCAGGUAGCCCUGAGGCCCACAGGAAGCUCCUCGGCCAGUUCCUAGUCUUUAUUUUCUCCCCAUCUGCCCCAGUCCUCAGCCUGCUUCUUCCGUGGAGUGAAGUCAGGGAGCCUGAAAAUAAAAAGAAGGAUGUUGUGGGGGGUCUCA